AUGAUAGGUGGAGUUCAACUACUGGCUGUUGUAAACCUUGUGUUGCUUUUUUGCAAACCUGGGAUUGCUUCAACGUUUCGUUGCAGCGACAGAACUCCAGAAGGACGUUUUACACCAAAAUCACCGUCGACGAAUAAAUUUCAAAUUAAAAUCAGUGGUAAUCCUAGUUCUUACGAACCUGGAGAAAAGUAUACAGUGAGUCUUCAAGGUGUAAAGCAAUACCAAGCUUUAAAUAAAUUUACUGCGUUUUUUUUAACCGUUGAAUCAUCCGAAUACGCUUUUGGAAAUGACAGAGAAAUUAGACAUUACGAUGUGGGAACAUUUCAUCCAAUGUUGGGAGAUGCACUUACACAAAUAAGCGAAUCUUGCCCAAAUGCUGUCACUCAAACGUCUAGCAUUUUCAAAUCGGAAAUUCAAGUUUAUUGGAAAGCUCCCCCCUCGGGCAAUGGAUGUGUUGUUUUUAGAGCCACGGUUGUGGAAGAUCGAUACAUAUGGUAUAUGGAUGACGAUGCCCUAAGCGUUUCACUUUGCGAAGAUAUGCAAGAAAAUAUAAACGAACAACCGGAAGUGUUAGAAAAAUGUUGCGCGUGCGAUGAGGCAAAAUAUGAAGUUACCUUUGAAGGUCUUUGGUCGAGGCACACACAUCCAAAAGAUUUUCCGUCGAAUGGUUGGCUCACAAGAUUUUCCGACAUAAUUGGCGCAUCACAUUCUUCUGAAUAUAGGUUUUGGCAGUAUGGAGAAAUAGCUAGCGAAGGAUUAAGACAGGUAGCAGAAACAGGAUCCACUAGAAUGUUAGAAAGCGAGCUAAAAAGUGAAAGUGAACAUAUAAGAACAAUAAUCAAAGCGAGAGGAAUAUCAUACCCUAAUGUGACGGGGAAAACCUUUGCUGUUUUCAGGGUAGACAGGAAACAUCAUUUAAUGUCUUUAGUUUCUAUGAUAGAUCCUUCACCUGACUGGAUUGUUGGAGUUUCCGGUUUGGAAUUAUGUUUGCGAAAUUGUUCUUGGACUGAAUAUAAAGUUCUCAAUUUGUUUCCAUGGGAUGCUGGAACGGAUAGCGGUACUACGUACGUAUCCCCGGAUUUCCCAACGCAUCCCAGAGAACCAAUAAGGCAAAUAACCACAAGGCACCCAAAAGAUGAAUCAAAUCCUUUUUAUGAUCCUACUGGAGCUGAAAUGAAACCGUUUGCCAGAUUGUACUUAAGCAGACAAAGGCUUUAUGAAAAAAGUUGCUCUGAUGAUGUGAUAACAUCAGAUGAAGAAGACGUAAAUCAAGAAUGCGCUGUUGGAGAAUGGUCUGAAUGGGAACCUUGUUCCGUCACUUGUGGAAGAGGUAUAAGAUAUCGUCAAAGAUCAUACAUUGAUCCAAUGCAAGCAGAAGCAAAAUCUUGCAGGGUAAAACUUACUUCUAAAAUGUCAUGUUAUGGAAAGCGGAAAAUUUGCAGGAACAGUGAAGCUUCAGAUAUAUGGAAAAACGAUCCAUUUUGUCAAGUAACGGAAUGGAGUGAUUGGUCUCCGUGCAGCACUACUUGCGGUUCAGGAGUGAGAACAAGGAGUAGAAAAUAUAAAAUUAGAAAUGCUAAAAAAAAAUGUUCCCUACUCCCAGGUUCUCAGCCUCUUGAACAAACAGAUGAAUGUUUUUUUCAAGAUGAUUGCUACGGUGAUGAGGAUAACGAUGACGAAAUGGAAAAUGAUGAUUGUCCAGUUUCUCCAUGGUCCGAAUGGUCACCUUGUUCUGCAACAUGUGGCUCUGGAACGAAAAUUAGAUCCAGACAAAAAUUAAAUCAAUACAAUCCCUACUUACAAGACGGUCAAGAUUAUGAUAAUUCAGAUUGCGCAGAUGUACAAACUACUCAAGAAGUUAAAUGCGAAGGAGAUUAUUCGAAUUGUGCUGCACUUAUGGAAGAAGCAAAUAAAAUAUGCCGCCUUCCACAAGAUCCAGGUCCUUGCAGGGGUCACAUAGAACGUUGGUAUUUCGAUAUAAACAGCGAAUCCUGUAAAACAUUUGUUUAUAGAGGAUGUAAAGGAAAUAUGAAUAGUUUUUUCACUCAAGAAGAUUGCGAACAAACUUGUUCAUUGCUUAAAGAAUACGGAGUACAACUAUCAGGUGUUUUAUCAUAUCAUUUACCAAUGUUGGAUGAACCACAAUUAACAACACAAAAAGUUGAUUCUUCAUCGUCCGGAGAUCAAUUUAAUGGACUCAAAGCUGGAAAUCAAAUAAUUAAUAUGAAUUCAUCGUAUUAUGGAUUACCGCAAUCAUUUUCCACUCCGAUGACCAUCGAAGGUAUUUACGGUGAAGCGAUAGACUGUAAAGCUUCUCCAUGGACGCCAUGGUCCGAAUGUAGUAAAACAUGCGGUCGAGGUACGAAGGAAAAAAUGAGACAUAUAUUAGUGCAUCCACAAAACGGUGGAAAACCGUGUCCGCAAAAACUGUUGAAGAGAAGAAAAUGUAAAAUUCAAAACUGCGAAGAAACAAAAAAACAUAUUAAAGAAACAAUACUACCCAAUUGGGAAGGAAAUACCGAUAAUUUUGAUAAUAAUAAUAAUUAUUACAACGUCGACGAUAGAAAAAAAAGAGAUUGUAUUUUAUCCGAAUGGUCUCCGUGGUCUCCCUGUUCGGCCACGUGUGGCAUAAACGCAGUCAGACAAAGAACGAAAGACGUUAUACAAGUACCUGGAUUUUUAGGUACGCCUUGUCCACCGAGAAUAGAAACAUUAUCCUGUAAUUUUUUACCGUGCAAACAUUAA